AGCCGCCCGGCCCUUCGGCACGAGGUGCACGGCCGUGGCGGGCGCGUCGCGGCGGUGCCGCCCGCGGAAGCCCAUGCGGUCCAGCAGCUCCCCCGCGGCCGGCGCCGCGGGCCGCUCGCCCUCGGCCCUCUGCCGCUCACCCUCGGCCGCCAUGAAGGCCAGCAGGAGGGCCAGCGGCCGCGGCGGCACCACGGCGCUGUCGGCCGCGGCGCUGGUGCUGCAGGGCGCCUCGCCGAGCUCGGGCCCGAAGGGCGCAGCAGUUGCCGGCGCUGCCCUGGCUGGCGUCGGGCUCGCGUUCGCGGCGCCGGAGCCCGUCGCAUUGAGGCUGACGGUGACCACGGCCUUCGACCUGGCGGUGAAGGUGCGCGUGCAGGGCGCCAAGGUGCACUCGGAGAGCAGCCCCCUGCCCGCCGUCUGCGCGUGCGGCUCCACCGCCACCGCCGCCUACGCCCCGACCGUUCUCGGCCCUGGCCGCGAGGUGAAGGGGGUCCUCCAGGUAGAGGGGUUCGAGCCCAUACCGUUCUCGCUGGUGCAUGCCCGGCGCAGCGCCCCGUUCGUGGGCCUGCCCGGCCGCUGGCGGCACAGCGUGCUGGCCGCACCGGGCUGGAACUGGCGCGAGAACGAGAAGAGGCCCAGCGAAGGCAAGGCUGUGGACCUGGUGCUCACCGGCCUGGACCUGACGGUGGACGUCCGCGCUGCGACUCCUCUGGAGCUGAAGCGCUGUCUGCAGCUGCAGGCGCUGCGUGACGCCGAGAAGGGAGAGGACUACGACACCCUGCACGCACAGCUGGCCAAGGCAAAGAUUGCAGGAGUGGAGAUUGAGCACAUCGAGAAGGCGGAAGAUAGGCUCAAGAUGCUGCGGAAGGAGGGUUUUCAUGUCCAUGUCGGCUGCGACAAGGACACCCUCCGCGAGGCGAUGCAGUGGGAGAGGGUAUCGAGCAAGGCCCUCCAGGACACGGACGAGCGCUGCCCGAACGCCUGCUGCCCGUGCAACGUCGAGCAGAACUGCGGGGAGGUCCUCGAUGUGGUACCGGACGCCGUCCAGGGCGUGCUCGGCGAGAGCUCCGACAGGGACCUCUUCACAAGCCUGGUGGACGCCGCGCUGGCCUCGCAGGAGGGCUCCGUGUGGAAAGCGGGUGGCAAGUUCAUCUUCAGCGCGUUCAACCGCAACCAGUCCGUGACGGCCCUCUGUCGGAUGCUGGAGGGGUGCGGAAAGGCCGCGUGCGCGAAAAUGAUGCUCAAGCUCGUGAAGCACAGCGAGGUGCUGUACGGAGGCUACGUCACGGCGGUGCAGGUCAACUUCCACCCCAGCGGCGAGACGUACCACGACCAGCAUCGCGACAUCUACUCCGGCAAGCAGCGCGCGGGGCCAAACUGCACUUGUUCGUUUCGCGAGUGCGUCGGCACGGUCUGCUACUCGCUCGGCUCGACGCGGAUCUGCCAGCUGGACACGAUGACGGACAGCAUGUCGAGCCUCGCGGCCUGUGGCGACAGGUGCGCAGGCCGACGCGAACGGCGCUGUCUGAAGAGCGGCGAGGCGAUGUACUUCAAUGCGCCGUGGAACCAGAACCACACCCACGGUAUUCCCAGCUCGGAGGAGACCACCGGGCCACGGAUCUCCGUCGCGUUCCUCCUCGGGUCGGCGCAGGCCGCGGCCCAGAGCGCGCUGGCAGCAGCUUGAGGCGGCGC